AUGUACUCCUUCGAUGCUACUUCUCAUUCUGGUCUUCAUCUGGUCGGCAGACGCUUGGAGAUUAAGCUCCCUUCCUGUACGGGUCGCUACGAAACCGCCAGCUCACGAGCACUGUCAAAACUGAUAGAGGUAGAGAUGACUUACGCUGAUAUUCGUCAAGGCCAUCCACUCCCGUACUGCGGUAGCGCCGCUUUCGCGGGUAACACCAAAAACCUCGCGCGACGUACGUCGGGUCCGGCGUCAUCGGGUAUGGAUUUCAUGGACUUUAAUUGA